CUCCAUGUUUCUUGUUGUGGGCAUGCCGCAUGUGGCUCUGCAGCAUGUAUCGUCAGGAUUAUUUAAAGCUUUAAAUGAACGUGGUUUAUCAGCACAUUUAAGACACGCUGGUUUAGCUGAGGUAUCAGAGAUCCAACAUGGAAGUGAUAAAAGAUUUUUUAAGUACUCCUCCAAUCAAAACAGUGCGUUUUGGAGGCAAUGUGGUCAACGUGUUAGCCAAGCUGAAAGAGGGAGAUACAAGUGAUUUUGAGCUGAUAAGGCAUCAACUUGCUGACCCAGAUAUUAAGGAUGCUCAGAUCAUUAACUGGCUGCAGGAGUUCAGGACGUGUGUCACACAGCUCGGCAAAGAACAUGAGCAGUUAAUCUACUGUGUUUUGAGUCUGCCAUGGCUUGACCGCAGUCCUGCCGUUGCGGAGGAGUAUCUGGCGUUCCUCGGCAAUCUGAUCUCUGCGCAGACCGUUUACCUUCGGCCAUGUCUCAAAACACUUGUCUCCAGUUUCACACCUAGAAGAAUAAAAAUCCACGAAGGAAACGUGGAUAUUUCAGAUUCAGAUGACGAUGAUGAAAACCUGCCCAGGAUAUUCGACCUGUGUCAUCAGGCCCUGCAGAUGAUUGCCAGAUACGUCCCAUCUACCAGUCGAUUUCUGAUGCCAAUCCUCAACGCUAAGUUCCCAUUUGUGCAGAAAUCAUCCCGAACAUUGGAAUGUUAUGUCCAUAACCUACUGAGGAUCGUGGUGUAUAUGCCUGCUCUGAGGAGAGAUGUGCUGGAGCUAGUCAUCAGCAAAAUGCUCAUGCUGGAUGUGAGCGCCCCCCGCGGUGAGAUUGAGGAAGUGGAGAGUUCAGGCCAACAGAACCAGAGCGCGGAGUCACAGGAGGAAUUCUUAUUUGAUAUGGAUGAUGAUGAUGGCGACGGCUCUCCUUUGAAAACCUCGCAGUCUGUGGAUGGCGCGGUGAUGCUUCAUCCCGUAGCUGAAAGACUGGACAUGCUGAUGAGCGUCCUGCUGGCCUUCAUUAAAGACAUGUGCCAUGUUAAUGGUGUUCUGGACGUGGAGAGAGCUAAAGGUGUGUACAGGGACCUGGUGGGUGUGUUUGAUAAGCUGGUGCUGCCCACACAUGCAUCCUGCCACGUUCAGUACUGCAUGUUCUACCUGUGCAGCUUCCGCCUGGGUUUGGCGGAGGCGUUUUUGGAUCACCUGUGGAAGCUGCUGCAGAGCCCUUCCCUACCCGCAGUGAUAAGGCAGGCCGCCGCCGCGUACAUGGGCAGUUUUCUGGCCAGAGCAAAGUUCCUGCCCAUUGCAACGGUCCGCGUAUGUCUGGACCUGUUGGUUCCGUGGCUCCAUCUGUACAUAGAGAAUCAGGACUCGGGUUCUAAAGUAUUCUGUGACAUUUCUCUCCACGGCCCGUUCUACGCCGCCUGCCAGGCCGUCUUCUACACACUGAUCUUCAGACACAAAGCCAUCCUGGAAGGAAACAUGAAGAAAGGUCUGGCGUAUCUGCAGAGUCUGAAUCUGGAGCGGAUCGUGAUGAGUCAGUUAAACCCUCUGAAAGUCUGUCUGCCCGCCGUCACCAACCUGUUUGCCGCCAUCACCAGGAAGUAUCAGCUGGUCUUCUGCUACACCAUCAUCGAGAGGAACAAUCGUCAGAUGUUACCAGUCAUCAGGAGCUCAGUGGGUGGAGACUCAUUAUCCACCAAUACGAAUCCACUGGACACAUUUUUCCCCUUUGACCCCUACCUGCUGAAGAGGUCUGGAAAGCUCAUUGAACCGAUCUAUCAAGUGUGGGAGGAGCCAUCUGACUGUAUGCUGGACGUUCCAAAGAAAGAUAUUAGAAAGAGUUCUGCGGAGGAUGAGGACGAUUUCCUGCAGGAUGAAACCCCUCAGGGUGACGUGAUGAUGGGUGUAACUCCCGGCUCAUUUGACUCUCACCUGCGGAGCCCCAGCAGUGUGGGGUCACCACCAAUAGCCUUCCUGCAGCGGCCGUUCUGAUACACAUACUCACAUUUACAGACAUGUAGUUUGCACAGUGCUAAUUGGGGGAAUAAACUCCAUGAAUUCUUGGCCACAUGAGCCUCCAUAGCUCCAGCGCCAAAACUAAAGGCAGAACAGUCUUAAGAGAACCUCUAAGAAAUAUUAGGUUUAUAGAAGAGGGGAAAAAUCCAUAGUCAUAUGCAAAGGUUUCUACAUCUCUGGUCAAAAAUGCUUUGUAGAUUUUCACAUUUUUCAAUUUUAGUGCACAAUUUAAGUCUUAAUUUACAUGCUGAGUUUAACAUAUUGAGGGGGGAUCAAAAUAUAAAAUCUGCUGUAACUUUUUCACAAACCUUUUAUGGGUUUUUUUCCCCUGAUAUGUUACAUUCAGCAACUAAAGAGUAAUUGUGUAUUAAAAUGUACAGAAGUGUGUCUCUGUAGAGGAUGUUACUUAUUUACACUCAGGAAAUCAGUUAAAAAUCAAUUUGAAAAAAAAAAAAUUUAACCAGAAAUCAGUAAGUUGACCGUGGGUGCACAAACUUCUGCAUAAGACUAACUUUGUAACUGUGACUUUAAUGUACAUGUAAUGAACAAACUUUACAUUAUUUUUUCUCAAUAAUGGAACAGUUGAUCAGAAAGGUUCACAUAAUGGAAAGUGCAGAAUUUUUAAUUAGUGGGGGAAAAAAAAAAUAACAGGUGAUAACGCUUUCUCUUAGGUCCCUGAGGGAGAAGCGGCUUAGAAAAUGGAUGGAUGGAUGGAUCUUUUAGGUUCUAGGUAAUUAACAGAGUGUGAGGUGCAAGUACUAGAUAUAGCUAGAAUGAUCUUACAUUCUGAGACAGCUUAACCAAAUUGUGUUGAAUCCCCAGCAGGUUCUAGAUAUCACCUGAAUAAGUGUAGAGUACAAAUUCCAAAGUUCUGUGUAAUUAAGUAUAAUGAUGGUACAUAACAACUAACUAAAUUACACUGAAAUGACUAGCAGGUUGUAGAUAUUAAGAUAUUAAUAUUGAUAAAGGACAUAAUAAAGCAGCUCAUAAUUAUUUAAAGUACUAAGGUGUUAAAUACAUACCACACACAGAAUUUCACUGUAACGACAGAUGUAGAGGUCGGAAAGUAAAUCAGACGUUUCACCACCGUCAGUUUAAUCACGUUGAUCAUCUCGGUGAUAAUAAGUGAACACACCCUCUACAGAGACACUAAAAUAUGAUGUAUAUAUUUUUUAACAUGUUGGAAAAAUAAAGGUGACAGUUUUGCUCAGGCCACAAUUUAUAUUUAAGAUUUUAUUUUAUUCUACAUGUAUUAAAUUCAGUAAAUCAACUGUAAAUGUGUAUUUAAAUGUGCAGAAGUGUGUCUCUGUAGAGGACGUGUUCACAUAUUUACACUCAAUCAACAACAACGUGGAAAUUGAGCAGGGGUGCCUAAACUUUUGCAUAUGACUAUGUGGUGUACAAUAGCAGAAUAAAGUGCAGUGACAGUCUUUGAAGUAGCAGCACACAGAUAAUCACUGCCCUUGUCUUUAUAGCCCACAUUCAGACUGAGUUUAGUGUACAGGUGAUAAACGUUUCCAGACUGUAUAAAACCCUUUUAGUUAAUGUCAUAUAAAAAUAAAUACAUUUUAUACAAAAUAAAUACACAGGACUGAGGAGUUUGCACCACAUACUCACCUGGUUAAUAUCUAGAGCUGAAAGGGCUGUAAAAGAAAGUGUUAACCUAAUGUUAUGAUAUAAAUGUAAAGUGCACCUUCCAGCAGGAGACCACAAGGGGGCGCUGAUAACACACCUGACUCACCUGGGUGAGCAGAGUAGAUUUGCUCUGUUUUACCCUUAAAUCGCUGUUGUCUGAAGAAAACCUCGGAACUCUAUUUUUGUUGUUUUUCAGUAUUUGACAUAAUUUGAAAAUACCUGUUGUCCUUCACAUUGUGUGUAAAUUUCAUGAUGAAUGGAAGCAAAAGAAUUCUGGUUCCAUUGACUUGCAUAAAAAGUAACACAGGUUUUUUCCUUCUCCUGUAAAGUUAGCAUGUUGAAGACACAAGGUUUUCUUCUGACAACAGCAAAACACUCUGUUCAGUGCUGAAAUCUCUCUGUUUAUGCUCGGUAGCGUCUAUCGGGAGGCCUGAGGGUGAAAAAAGGGUGAAAAGCACAAAAAUCUCAUCAAAGAGCAGCUCAGCGGCUCAACAGCGUGUUGCACCUGAACCUGCAGUACAAUACAGACAGACCACAGAUUUGAUCAUCUUUGUAGUAUAUUUUCCUAUUUAUGAUGUGUGGGGAAUAUUUUGAUCCUGAAAACUGCCUGAGUGAUCAUAAAGGUGUUGCCUAGGUGACUGAUAGUCUUAUAUUAGUGAUUAUAACAGCAUUAUUCAGAGGAGACGUCUGUAUAAUCAAACCUCUUCUAUUUGGUUUAUUGCAGAUUUUUGAAUCCUGUUUUUUCGAAAACCUUCAAAGUAACAUUGAGGCUAAAUGUGAAGUUAAAAUCUUUGUAAAUUAUUUGUUUCUUUUUGGUAUGUAAUAUUUUUAUGAUGAUACCAGACAGGACAGUUAUUACAUAAAGCAAUGAUUACUAACCCUUUAAACUCUUAAAGGGCCUGUACGUGCUUCAGUUCCUCUCUCUGACUUCACUCUUAACAAAUUAGGGUUCUAAAAAUGUUUUUUCUCAUUUGUUUCAGUUGAGUUUGAGAUGUGGUUCUUCCAUGGUAGCUGUAAUGUUGUCCCGUUAUUUAAAGGGCAUGUAUACUGUGUUUAGCUUGGAAUUUUUUUUUUUUGUUUUUUUACCCCUAUGAGAUCCACUGUGUGCACAACAAACAGCCAUAAUUCACUGUCACACGGCUCUCUUUAUCUUUUAGAAUUAAACAGGCUGAUUUAUGUAAAACAGCUCUGUUCUGAUUGGCUGCCCUCUUUUAUGCCUCAUUCAAGAGUUCAGAGAUUAAACACUUCUUAUAACCUCAGUGUAGCAGUGCUAAAAUGAUGUAGCCUGAAUAGGCAGAAUAACUUAAAUAUGUUUUUGUGACAUCACAAAAAUUGAAAAUGACCUAAUUCUACAGUUUUACAUCAUGUGGUAAUAAGUAAUUGAACAAGUCAACAAAAAAAAAAAAAAAUAAUGGUUGCUUGUUACAAAAUGAAGUAUUUUAGGUUGAACUGAAAGUUUUUACAGUGUGGUGAGUCACAUAAUGAUUUAAAACGAUGUUUAUAUACCACUUUUUUUUACUGUAAUAUGUAUUUACUGUAAUAUGGGCCCUUUAAUAAAUAGUACGUUUUUAAAAGCAUAUUAUGAGUGUAGACCAUAUUGUGAAGUAAAUGAACAGAAAGGCAGAGUGGAUGGGUGAGAGAGUGAGUGAUGAGGCUGCAGUUUAAAGGGUUAAUGAUUGUUUUUUUUCUUGAUCUGGAAGGUUUUGGGUGUUUAAUUAGGAAACACUGUACAGCAAGUAACACGUGACUCGCUGCUGUUGUAUGGAGAUUAGACUGUAGUUAUAACCUGAUAUUUAACUCUGUGUUACUUGACUUUGUUUUCUUCUGUGUCGGGUGUUUUGAGAAUAACAGCUUAGGUUUUAUAUUCCUGGACUUCUGAUUGGUCAGUUUCACAUCCUCAGUACUGAACAGUUUUUGAAUGGUUCCUUUGUGUUUGUUUCUAUGGAUACCAGUCAGUCACCCUAACCUUAUAUCCUAAUUUCAAAUAAGAAUAAAAAAAAUCUGCAUCUUUAACUGGUUAAGAUGUGAACAGAGACGUUCAGAGUGGUGUGGUGUGAAACGCUCAGUUCUAGAGAAACACAGUCACAUUUGUUCACAGUGCUGGUGAUGGGAACCAGACGUCCACCUCUAAAAACUCCCGAACAGAAAGUUACUACAGUAAAUGGCUAUGAAUUCACUGGCUGAGGGCUGAGGUGGAGGUCAGAGCUGGUGUGAAGCGUGUUCUGCCGUUCAGCUACAUUAAAAAUAGUUCAGCUCAAGCUGUUGAGGCGGCAGCUGGACUACACUAGCAUUAAAGAACACAUACAGUGCUCAGCAAAAGUUUGGGAACGCUUUGCCUUCCUUUCAGAAGGUCUACGUUUCGCUGUUACAGUUUAAUUCAGUAAGAGAAAAUCUCUGCAGGUUCAGCUCAUCAUAAAGCAGCUCUGUGAUGAAGCUUUGUGUAUAUUGUUCAUCAUCAGCUUCAUGUUCAUCAAAAUCUCUUCCUCGAGAGCAGAUUUUAAAUACUGAUCUGAUGGUUUUCUCUUCCAGGCUGUUGUUAAACUCACAGGAAACUCUUUUCCUUCAGUUCUGCAGUUUAUCCGGAAUAAAAUGCCAAAUAUUUUACAGCUGUUUAUAUUUUUGGAAACUGACAAAUAACGCAGGCCCAUAUCCUGCAUUUCCCUGGUAUUUUAUUUAUUCUUGAAAGAUGUUUGUAGUUUUGUGAGUCAUCAUUCAUUUGUACAUAAUAAUUUUCCAACCGCUCUUUGUCCCUUAGAAUUAAUCUGGCUCUUGUGCACUGUGCCUGUAUGUAAAUGAGCGCUGUCCUGAUUGGUUGUCCUGCAUCAUGUCUCAUUCAGAAAGCAGUCCAGACUGAAACACUUCUUAAUGUGCAAUCAUAUAAGGGGGAAACUUUAGGUCUAAUUGAGUCGGACAGUAAUCAGAUUUCUUCUUUACGACCAGCCAAUAAACUCGGCUGAAGACGUGACGUAAACCUAACAUAAAAUUUCAACAUGCAGCAGCUUUUAAAAAAAAAAAAAAAAUCAUCACACCACUUUACCUGAAAAUACAUAAUCUA